AUGGCGUCACCCGUGACCUUUCCGAAGGAGAAGCUGAGCGUGGCACAGGUUGAGCUGCUCGACCUUCCUGCCCCCGAAUCUUCGCGAGACAAGUUCUGGCGCAAGAUGAAGGACCAGCCGCUGGUCCCGAUAGGCUCCCUAUUAACUUGUGGCGCACUCAUCGCGGCAUCGAAUCACCUGCGCAAGGGCAACCGCGAUCAGUUCCAGCGCGCCCUGCGUUGGCGUGUCGGCUUGCAAGGCUUGACCGUCGUUGCGGCAGUCGCAGGCUCUCUCUACUACGGUGCAGCCGCAGGGCCAUCUUCCACCUCCUCACCCUCAUCAACAAAAUUAUGCCCUUCCGCAUCAGAUGCUCCCGCGCCCAGCACAAGUAUGAGCACGGGCGCAAGUACCAGUGAUACGCUCAGUAGUAUCACCACCGUUCCCGGGCGGCCAGCAACGACGUUGCAAGCGAGCAGGGCAGCAGAGCGCCGGGAAGAAGAUCGAGCGUUGCUGGCCGAGCGCAUCAGGGAGGCCAUACAGAAGGAAGAGACGACGAAGGAACGAGAGGAGAUCAGUAGACAACUUGCAGCGGAAGCGGGCGCAAAGCCAAGGCCAAAGAUUGGGCAAGAUACACGAUGGAAUUGGACAAGUCGCGGCGCAUCAGCAUCACCGGCACCUUCAUCGUAG